AAAUUUACUCGUUGAGGAGUCAACAUCACAAUUCACAAUAUGCUUUUCCCGUGUUUGUGGUUUCUCUUUAAUUCUUUAAUCCUGUCAUUUGCAAGGAUUCCUCAAAAUCCCGGAAUUUGUAAUAAACAGUUAGAGGGAAAUAAGACUAUUGUUAAAGAUCGAAUUGGGGAAGCAAAACUUCUCAUUUGUGAUAGUGAUGGACAAGAAUUUCGUUGGAAAAUGGUUGAUGGUAUUUCAUACGGAAAUGUAUUCGAUCCAGCUAAGGACUGCUCGGAUAUUAUGGACAGAGUCCCUGAAGCUCGUACUGGCAUUUACUGGAUACAAACAGAAAAUGGGCCGCAAAAGGCUUGGUGUGACAUGGAAACAGAUGGCGGGGGAUUUAUGUUGAUAGGAGUUCAAGACUCUCCAAUAUCCUGGGAUGUACCAUCAAACCCCAAACUAAUAAAACCGCAAGAUUCGAGGCAUUGGUCAAGCUCAUUUGGAAACAUGUACAUUCUUGAAUUUCGCGUACAAAUAUCGACUUCAAAGAAUAUGGAAAAUACGAAAGCCCAUUGGAAUUAUCAUUUCUCCUCUCCGAGAAAACUGACUGAAUUACUCCUGCGUGAUUCUGGAGGCUGCAACAGACUCUUUCCUGGUGUGGGAAAUAUUCAGUAUGUCAAAGAUCUUAGAAGAAACAAAAUUAUUACGACCAACUUUUACUGUUCUAGAUUUGGUACACAUUUUCACAAAAACUUGGGUUGGGGAAAGAUGAACCAAUGCCUCGGAUCACCUUGUCCAAUCGGAUUUGCACAUCUAAAAUUUUCUACAACAGGCUCAUUUAGUUUUAGCUCUGUAUCUCCAAGAUCAGGCAUUUCUGAUAGUUCAACUGCAUUUAUUGGCUGUGAUUCUGGGCAGUGUUGUGCUUGUUACGGUCCUGACAGCAAUAGAGAAUACUGUGCUCCAAAAUGCAAAGCAAUAAAUGGUGGUACAGUGGUAAGAGAUAAAAACAAAAUCCACGCUUGGUUUUGGGUGCGUUCAGCUCUACCAAAACAUCUUUGGAAAAAAUGUAUGGAAUAUAAAAAAAUGGAUAAGAAUGGGAAAUCUGUCAUAUGGCAUGUUAAUAAGAACACAAAUGUUCCUCAAAAGGGACCGUGCUCAUAUCCUGGAGAAGUAAAACUAAUAAAUGGUAUUGCUGUUGUACAAGACAAAAGAAAACUUGAAAGUCUACCAAAUAUUGAAGGACUUCUGUCAUAUCGCAUGGACAGCAGAGAUAUUUAUUUUAGAGGGAAACAAAAGUGGAAUGAAAUAGCUAAAGAAGUACAGAUCAAAGCAUUGAACAGCGAACUAAGACGAAUUAGCAAAAAGUUAAGAACAAUUGACCAAGAGAACAAAGUAUAUACAUCAUGUAAAGAUGUUAAAAGCAAAACAGGGUCAAAGAAACAUGGUAGUUACAAAAUCAAAAUUCCUGAGAUUGGUUUUGCCAAUGUGUAUUGUCAUAUGACAUCGUUACCCGGAUGCUCUGGAGGUGGAUGGACAUUAGUCAUGAAAAUAGAUGGAAGAAAGAACACUUUUCAUUAUUCAUCCCCAUAUUGGAGCAAUAAAAAAGCAUAUCAUAUUGGGGAAGGAAUGACUGGAUUUGAUGAGCAAGAGGCUAAGCUUCCUACUUACUGGACGACACCAUUUAAUGAAAUUUGUUUAGGAAUGAAACAAAAUAAUGACUUGAGAUUUAUAUCUAUUUCAUAUAAAGCUUCAUCAUUACAUGGUAUUAUAACAGAUGGAAAAUAUCGUACGACAAGCAUUGGAAGAUCAAAAUGGCUUUCCUUAGCAGCGAAUGCUAACAUUCAACGGCAUUGUAAUUUAGAGGGAUUUAAUGUUAAUCCGGUAAAAUGUCGUGGAUGUUCGAAAGUUCGAAUAGGAAUACUUGGAAAUAAUGAAAAUGAAUGUAGAAGCCCUGAUUCAUAUAUUGGUUUUGGCGGUCUUGCCUCGUUUAACCGUAUUUAUUGCCAAAUGCCUAAAAUACCAAAUACAAGUGGAAACAGCGCAUACUGUCGAUUGGGUGGAAAUAUAGAAAUACGUACAAUGGGUUAUGUUUUGGUUCGCUGAAAUACUUCAUUUUAAACUUAUUCUUUGAUAUUUGUAUACUUUAUUUUUUUAUAUUUUAAGUAUAGCUCACGGAGACGGAAAUUAAAAUUCUUGCAUGUAUACAUUAAAAAUUUAUGACCUCAUACAAAAUCGUUUUUUAACCAAUUUUCAUUCAAACAUUCAAUAUCAUUCUAGAUAAGUUAAAACUUUACUGACCUGGUACUAAUGUUAUUUUGCGUGUUACCAAUGCUAUUCGGUUGAUCUAUAAAACCAAAUCACCAUAGCAACGCUGCCUUUUUCUUCGAGAGACUUUUUGUAAAUUGCGUUUUAAACAGCAAUCACUAUUUAAUUAUUAGGUUUUUGCCUUAUAAAAAAGAUACAAAGCGCA